AUGGCUGAGGUAGCCCCGGCUCCGGCGAAGAAAGCGGCGGGCGCUGCGAAGGCGCGGAAGCCGGCCGGCUCCAGCGUGACGGAGCUUCUGAUGCAGGCGGUGACGGCUUCCAAGGAACGCGGCGGCAUCUCCUUGGCCGCGCUGAAGAAGUCCCUGGCGGCGUCGGGCUACGACGUGGAGAAGAACAACAGCCGCGUCAAGCUAGUCCUAAAGAGCCUGGUGACCAAGGGGACGCUGCUGCAGACGAAAGGCACGGGAGCUUCGGGCUCCUUCAAGCUCAACAAGAAGCAGGCCGACCCCAAGGACAAGGCGGCCCGCAAGAAGCAGCAGCCGGCGAAAGCCAAGAGCGCCAAGAAGCCCACCAGCGCCGCCGCCAAGAAGGCGAAAAAGGCUCCGGUUGCCGCCGGGGCGAAGAAACCAGUUAAAAAGGCGGUCAAGAAACCCACCUCGGCGGCCAAAAAACCCAAGCCAAAGGCGAAAAGUCCCGCGAAGCCCCUGAAGGCGAAAGCCAAAGCGAAGCCUAAGGCCGCCACGAAGGCCAAAGCCGCCCCUAAAAAAAAGAAGUGA